AGUACGGAAGGCUUCUUCGUUUACAGUAGGUUGGAGUCACUGUUACAACUGUAACGUUAUAAACCCUCUAACAACAUCAACUGACUCAUAGGCAAGUGCCGUUUGUCUGUGUAGAUUAGGUUACAAAAUAGUUUGAGGGUACCGGUUAUAACAAGAUUGUCAGGCCAUUUGUGGGACACAAUGUCGUCUUCUGUUCCUUUUCACACACAGCUCACCUCCAUUAUGGAGGUCUUGAUGAACGCGGCCGUGGCAGAAAUAUGCGAACUUGUGGACGAUGGAUAUGCCGUUUUACACUUGGAAAUAUCUCGAAGUCAAAAAGAAAAUGAAGUUUUGAGGGAGAGGUUACAGAUAAUGGAGACGCGUAAUGCGCAUGGACAUGGAAAGAAGUCAGUAGGCCUAGCUCACGAGCGCUCCAUCAGAAAUCAUCUCCCAGUGAGACCAGUCCUCAACUUGGAGACUGGUGAAUAUCGAAAUAACGGGAGUCCCAUGGGGAAAGAGUUGAACAACCUUUGCAGCGAUGGGGAGCAUCUAAGCAAAGAAGAUGAAGAUUCUGUAAAACAGUCUUGUGCUGUUAUGAAGUCUAUGGUGAAGGAGAUGCGUAAGCCUGGGUGCAUCCAAAUCAAAGAGGAAAGACUGGAGGGCACCAUAAGCCUACAGAAUGACCCAAGGAUAAAAGGGGACAGCAGUGUUGAAUCAGGUGCUGAUGAAGACCAAAGGGAUGUGAUUGGGCACACUCAGACCGACAGUCUCUUUGAGGACUAUGAUCCUCACAUCAACGCAGACCAAGAGAGGGAGAGCACGUUCCAGAAGCUUCAGCAUACGAACGUUGCACACCACGUACAGAGGCAGGCAUACUCAGGCAAGUGGACACCAAGAAGCACUGAAACAGAUUCUGAGGAUCCAGCUUGCUCUUAUGCUGCGGAAAUGAGCCCCAUUCGUGUCACAGCUCACACAAAGCAACAACAGACUUCCAUAGCUGAAAAAACUUUGUUAGCUGUUGAAUCUCACAAUGUGAAACCAGAGGCUGCAAUGUUUGAUUCUGGACCCUAUGAAGAAAAAUAUAAAUCUAGCAGUAAUGAUAAUAAUUAUUAUGAUAAUGAUAGCAGUAAUGAUUUGCAUCCGCAAAACAGCAUCUCUUCCGAGGCUAGUGAAAACUUUGGAAAUAUUUUCUCUAACAGUGAAGAAAAUAUGAGAGAGAACACAGCAAGGCCAAAGGUGGGCAUAGUCCAACGCUACAUGGCAGGACAUAACAUUCAACACAGGGUUGGCAAGCGAGAAAAACGUUUUGUUUGUGGCUUCUGCAGAAAAAGCUUCACUUGUCCAAAGUAUCUUCAGUCUCACCAGCGGGUUCACACAGGAGAGAAACCCUUCAGCUGCUCUCAGUGUGGGAAGAGGUUCGGCCAAGCUGGUUAUCUGAAGAAACAUCAGAACGUCCACACGGGAGAGAAACCAUUUGUUUGCCCACUGUGUGGAAAGCGGUUUGCGGACUCAAGUAAUCUCAUCAGACACAAGAGUGUUCACACAGGAGAAAGACCCUUCAUCUGCAUUCAGUGUGGGGAGAGGUUUGCUGCGAAAGACAACCUUAGAAUUCACCUAGAGAGAAACCAUUCUGGUUGCUCAAGUGCUGGAGAUGUGAUGUCACCGAGUAUACCAUGAACAUGAUUAGUCAUGAAUAAUUCUGCUUUUUAAUUUUUUUUGACUGAACUCGUUUUGUCUGAAAUGCGCUAUUUGUCAUUUACAGUUGAGGACUAGUUUUGUAACAAAAUGAAUGGAAUUAUAAAACAAAUUAUUUUUAAUGUGGACCUCCAUUAAUAUUCAUAUUUAUUUAAAUUCAUAUUUCAAGUGCUGCAAGCAAUAUAUGAAAGGUGCAAGAAACUUUUUUUCAGAAUUACCCCUGAAAAUGUAUGUUUUUGUGAAAUAAACAA